UUUAAAUAUAGAUUCCAGUAUAUCAGAGAGUAUUAAUAUUAUAUAUAAGAGAAUUUUGUUAUUAAGUUGACAGAGUUUUAUUAGAGUAUGGAAUGUAUAAAUUGAAUAUUAGAGACGAUUUUAAUUUUGCGUUUUAUGGAAUCUUGGGGUUUGUCAAAUUGGGAAAUAACUUAACUGGUAUAAUUUAUUUUGUACAAUAGUUGUAAAAUGUAUGGAAUUUAAAUUUUUUAUAAAGACUUUUCCAUUUAAUGUUUUAAGAUUUAGCGGGAAACUUCUCCAAUUAUCCCUACGCCUUUCCUUUCUCAUUUUCAAGUACAUUUUCAGGUCAACAACUGACCUUUACGCAAAUCUUCUUGAUAGUUUCAAUAGACCCUGCGAAAACAUCCUAAUCCUCGGGGCUAGAAACUCUGGCAAAAGCUCCCUUCUCUAUCGCAUUAAACUCUCUGAAUUUAUCUCCACGAGUGCCACCGGAUCAAUUAUUGAAGAAGAACUGUAUUUGUGUCGGUUCUGUCUCGUUUCCUCCUCAAUUUGCGGUCACCCUAAACUUCAAGAAUAUGAUAAAGUUAAAGUCAAACUCUACGAACUUGGCUAUAAUGAUCCCAUUUCAACCUAUCAACAACAAAUACAAAUAUGUAAUAAGAUAAUAUAUGUGGUUGACAGUUUUGGGGAUUUCAGAUACUCUGAGAUAAACAAGGAAAUUUUAACCAUGAUUUCAGAACACAGUUAUCAUCACAAUUUGCCCAAAUAUGUUAUCUUUCUCGCAAAAAAUGACAUUUUCGGAGGAAUGAACUAUCAAUCCAUUAGAAAGGCACUUGAAUUUCCCGAACAACUCAAUAAUAGAUUAAUGGUAGUUAAGGGAAGCUCAAUAACUGGUGAGGGAGUAUUUGAAUCUCUAUCGUUUUUGUUAUUUGAUACUAGAGAAAAUAACAAAACUGAGAAGAACGAUUUAAUUGUACUAUAAUCUUAUUUUUAACGUG